CUACCUCACAAUUUGUCGUCACGGAGAAACACGAACGACGCCUCCGCCUUCUCGUCCUCCGUCGCCGCCGAUUCCUCUGACGGCGUUGGAGUUCCCUUCAUCGUUUAAUAGCCGCCAUAGUUCUCCCACCUUCCUCGCUUCGCCUCCGGCCCCCGAGGAGUAUUCUUUCCUCAUGGAGGGAGGAUUGGGCGGGGAAGCAGCUGCAGGAGCGCCGUUGCCUCUUGCGAAAUGGAGGCGCGAUCUAUCCCGUGCUUUCCAGUACUACUUGGAUAGAUCUACUCCUCACACCGUCGGAAGAUGGAUUGGAACCUUGGGGCUCGCGCUCGUCUACUCUCUGCGCGUUUACUUCCUGCAGGGUUUUUACAUCGUCAGCUAUGGGCUUGGAAUCUACCUGCUCAAUCUGCUCAUCGGAUUCCUCUCGCCAAUGGUGGAUCCGGAGAUUGAAGGCUCCGAUGGGCCUUCACUACCCAUGAGGGGAUCUGAUGAGUUCAAACCCUUUAUUCGCAGGCUUCCAGAGUUCAAGUUUUGGUACUCCAUAACGAAAGCUUUUUGCGUGGCCUUCGCGAUGACUUUCUUCUCUGUGUUCGAUGUGCCUGUCUUCUGGCCCAUCCUUCUCUGCUAUUGGAUCAUCCUCUUUGUCCUGACCAUGAAGCGGCAAAUCAUGCAUAUGAUCAAGUAUAAGUAUGUGCCCUUCGACAUCGGAAAGCAGAAAUACCGUGGGAAAAAGGUUUCUGGGAGCAGCAAUCCGUCGAAGGAUUGAUUCUGAUCUCCUCUCAGCCUCAUCCUCAUCUUCUCGGCUGAUGUUAAUUACAGGCACUCCCUUAUCCUCUUCUUAUUUCAAUGACAUUAGAAUUACCAUAUAAGAUAUGAUAUUUGUAGGAAUGGUUGAUGUUUGUUGCGCUGCUUGUAUUCAUAUUAUUUUUGUCUA